AUGGAUGGCUCUGUUGAUUUUAAUCGCACCUGGAAAGACUACAUACAUGGCUUCGGUAACUUGGUCGGUGAAUUUUGGCUCGGACUGGACAAGAUAAAUCGUCUGACACAAAACAAGACAAAGAACAUGCUUCGAGUAGAUCUGGGGGUAACUACUCGCCAAACUGUUCACGCUGAGUAUGAAUGGUUUGGAAUUGGGAACGGGACUACUGACUACCGGCUGUACAUCGGCAAUAUGACAAGUAAGUAAACCGUCUUUUAAACAUUCAUCGUUGGAUUUUUAUAUGUUACUUCCCUUUCGAUGUCUAGUGCCCUAUUCACACCAAAGCUAAAGAGCUGUUCAGCUAAAAACGAUUUAAAGUUGGUUUCUUUAGAGAGGCUGCUUAAACUGAUGUUUGCCUACUUCAAAUUUAGCCAAUUGAAAAUACAAGUUAGUGACAACUUUAAUCCAAUGGAAAACUCAGUUAUUCAGUUCUCUGUUACUGAUUGUUAAUUCAAUCCCCUCCCCCAACUCCACGUAACCUGCAGAUAAUGGUUUCAGUCUAGCGUUUGAGUGUUUUUUUGCUGUUAAUUCUGCCUAUACCUAGUUAAGUCCGCGCUACUACGAAGACAGUUUGCUUUCGAAGCUGCUUGAGAUAGAAAAAUCAUUGAACUCGGCUUUAGCAAAAUAAAAUUUGAGUAUUAAUUAUAUUUCCCGAUAUUUUUGUAUUUCGAUAUCUGCCCUACUUCGUCGAUUAUCGAGUUUGGGGCGUCAAAAGUAUUAUCUUGAUCCAAAUAUUAUGGAAUUUUCUUUUUUUCUUUUUUAAGGAGAUGCAACUGUUUCCUCUGAUUCCCUCAAUCCUCACAAAGAUCUCAAUUUUGGUAGCUGGGAUAGGGAUCCUGCUGAUUGUACACAGAAAAGAGGCGGAGGCUGGUGGUAUGGCAGAAGUAGUAAAUGUGCUGUUUCUUCGAAUCUCAACGGAAUUUAUCCGCAUUGUCGAAAUGAAACCUGGGCCGAUAUCCAUUGGAGAGAAUUAGACCCAAACAAUCCCAAGGGCAACGCCCCCACAUCAACUGAAAUGAAAAUUAGACCAGUGGAUUUUUUUUAAAAACUUUCUGACGAUAAAGUUUUCACGUAAAUAGUGAUUUCUGCGUCUUCUGCUCGAUCAACUUCGCUGUUAUUAAAAUUGUGAUUGGCAGAUUAAUGAUCGAGUGGCCUUCCUUGAAUUUGCAUGAAUUUCACCGGGGAAACAUCAUCGUUAACUGUUUCCUUCGUGACCAGGCAUCAAGUGCAGUAAUUUUUAACGGCAAGACAAAAAAGAUCUGUAUUUUUUCCAACGCCUCUUAAUUUUAGAGGUUAAAAUGUUUCGAAUAUACAGAAUAGAAAAAAUGACAAAAUCAUGGACUCGACCAUACAUAGUCGGUCAAAUGCGAUUUUAGAAAAUAAUUUUUUUUUUCAGAAGGAUUUAUAUCUGUAGAACGUUCUAAGCUAUUAACUGGAGUUCAUAAAUGUUUUUACUCAUCUCCACAGUUUUUACGUUUUCUGAUGAUAUUUAAAGUUUCACAAUAUUAUAGCUAUCAAUAAAACGAAUUAAGAUUGUGUCAAAAAAUAAAAAUUUAGGUAUGCGAGUUUUACCGGGAGAUGAAGUGAAGACUGUUAUACAUUAUUUACGCAUUUACGUCAAAAGCUCUGCGAUAGUGUUGCCAUGGCAUCCCAAUAGGUCGCAAACCUCCUAUACUUGAGGAUUUCCAAACUUACACUGGUUUUUUAUUUUCAUAUUUGCUAGUGAAGCUUCUUACGCACGAUUGACAGACAUUUAAGACUGUAAAGGUAUCGAGGUCAGUCCACGUUCCGGCCUGGUGUAAGUUGGGAACAUAAUUUUAUCAAAAAUUGGUAAACAACUUCACAAGUUCUUUGUUUGCAUAUCUUGGAGAUUAGUAAGGAGAAUUUCUUAUGAGAUCUUGAGAGUAAAAGGCCGGUAAAGGGAUUAUCACGGCUAUCACUACAGUGAAGAAUCUAUUGAGCAUUAGAAAGGGGACCGUGAGCAAAUGCAAUCUUCCGUCAUUAGGAUUUCGAGUCCUAAACGCGCAAAUAAUAUCAAGACUAGCUUAGGCAUGGAGAGAAUAGAGUAGGAUAAAGUUAAAUGAGAUGGACUCAAUCAAUGUGUAAUGCGAAAAAAGAAGAUUAAGAUGACGAAUAAUAAGAUUUGCGAAUAAUAAGAUUUGACCCUGGUAAAGCGCACGUGUGUUAGUUAUAAGACUCGUAGAUUCUCCAAAAGGUUAUCUGCAGUUUCUCAAGCUUUUAAGAUGAUGUUCUUCUGUGACUGACACAGGUAUUUAUAGAAAAAAGAGCUUCGAGUCGAACCUAUGACCCUCCGAAAAAUACUUCAGAUGCUGUACCACUGAGCCAUAGGAGACUCGUGGCAGGCUGAGCCGAUUAUCUUUGUCCAUGGAGACAAACUUCAUCUAUACUUCUAGGAUAGGAAUAUCGACAUGUGAUGCUAUUGCACGAUAGUGAUGUAAAUAAAGACGUUCAAUUUUAAUCCUAGUGAUUUGUUUUUUGUCUUGUUUUCUCGUUGUCUCUUUGAUUGUUCUUUCACGACUCAAACAUGAUACGACAAAAUUUAAUAAAGAAGGCAUGACGUCUCAAUCAAAAACACACCUAUCGGCCAAUGAGAGCGCGCGUACUAACUUAAAUUUUUCCUCUAUAAGUUAUUUAGGCGGGUAUCCUGACGCUUUUGUCUUUACUGUUAGCAUCCGAGUUUCCGUGUGUCAAUCUAAUUUCUGAUCUUUUGCAAUGUCCGCUGGGUGAGCAUGAAAUAUAUUAUUUCGGAAUACCUCUCAAUACCACCCAAAGGAAGAGAGAAAGAAACAAAAAACAAAAAAAAUUCCAAAAAUUUUAAUUCUGCAAAUUUUUUCAAAAUAAAAUUGUCUGAUUAACAUUUUCUAUGUUUUUCGGUAGGAACUCUGGCUGUUAUCGUUAAAGCCUUUCGAGAGAAAACUAACUCACCGGAACUCCUAAAUUAAUUCUUGUUCCGAUAUUGAAAGAAUUCAUUUCUGUGUUAGUGCAGUUUUGCCACAGGCUAGGAUAAAGUGGCGACUAAGCAACAAGGAGAUAAAUGAACCUUUUAAAUCUUUAUUACGUCAUUGAGCGGAAACUGUGCUUGACAGGUCCCCGUACAUGCCCGUGAGGGGAUAGAGGGUGGGGUAAGUACUUCUUAGUCCCAUUUUCACGGCUGGAUUUACUAUAAUAGGGCUGCAUUCUUUAAUGGAGUUACUACAAUGGGGUCGCACAUUUUUCGAGAUUUUGGGGGUGAGAAAAGUCUCGUAUAUCGGGAUUUAAAAAUGGGAAGAUUUACAGUAAAAAAGUUGUCACUGUAUUUCGCGCUGUUGUUUAACAAUCGGUUUGCAUUAGAAGUAUGCCUUUCCUCUCUGCCGCCCACGCGGGCUGCAAGGUCACGCUUCAAGAGGUCAAUAAAAGAAACAGAUGACGUGCUUUUGAAACAAUGUUCUACAGAUGGACAAACAAAGAAAUGGAUGAUUUCGCAUGUGUCUAACAUUCUUUGGUGUAAAAUACUCAUCUAAACUUUUGUUUGUCAUUGACAAGAACUUAAUUGGUUUUUGUUUUCGUGUUGUAACAGUCUUCGAAAGCACGCACGCACGCCAGAAACAGAUAAGGAUUCGAAGAUCAGUGGAUGGUUAGGACCCUUAGGCUUGCAAAAGAAAGCACAAAGAGUUUAAUAGACUGGGAAUGUUUUAUAUCAAACAAAGUUUCUAUUGGGGUCAAAGAAGAGAGAAAGACAAGGGACUUAAAUCCGGUCAGAUUAUAGUAUUCCGUUUACUAACGCAAUAACGUUUCCUCAUUAAGGCGCGACUAUGAUGGUUAAAAGCGAAAAGGUCGAAUUUUCUGAGAGUCUUUUUUUUUAAGUAUUUCAGCAGUCAACAUUCCUUGGUCACAGAAACGUUGUUCGGGCUUCCCUUAAGUAAUCACAUCAAAUGUAGCAAGAAACAAACACACCCUGUAAAAGUUUUGCAUUGUAUUAUUUGGCCUUCUAUUACACAUCCUUGUAAGUUUCUAGCAAACCAGUUCUUGCUCUUAGAUCCAUUUAGAGCAGAUUAUCUGCAAAUAUUUACAUCUGCAUCCCUUGCGAAAACGUUUUAAAACAUGGGAAUAAAAAGAUUAGUAUUGAAAUGUAUUUGCCUGGUUUUGCAAAGAGGGUAAUGCUUGUGCAAAUUCAUGUCGUUAUUAAAAAUUUGUAGUAUCUGCAAAGGCGAAGGAAACAAAGAGCACAAUGUCACGUUUAUAUCACGUGUGCACAGGAAAGCCACAAGAACAGGCAAAUCAGUGCGUCAACACCAAUUUAUAUCCCUAAAUUUUCAACACGUUUGCUUACUUUGCAACCCGAGUGAAUCCAAAUUUUCCUGUAGUGUAUUUCACCUUUUUUUUUUUUUUUUUGUCCUAAACGCAGAAAUAUCUAAUCAAUAAGAUUCCAAGACAAUGAGAUCAGGUUUUUGUUUCUUUUUCCUCUCAAAAACACGAAGCCAGUGAUUUGUUUGUAAAUGCACAGACGCAGUUUGUUUGGACAAUCUUUUUGUUCAACUUCGUUACGUUUGAAUCUUUAAGUUUAAUCUUUAGGUAUUUUCCCUUCAGGGUUUGAAUUUCCGCAAGAAUAAAGAUGCCCAGUUUCCGAUCCACUAUAAAUAUGGAAUGGAGCCACCCACAUGUCGGCUUCAAGCACUAUUAAGAGGAUCUCAAAGAGGUUCUUGUAAUGGCUUUGCGGCUAAAAUUUUUUUACGGUUAAAAUUUUGGCCAAUUUACGGCUAACGGUUAAUUUCUUUCCUUCGUUCUUAAAAGAGCAAUUUUUACGAUUAGCCAUUUCUUUAAGACCAAUUGUUAAAAUUCAACUUUUAGGCGUAAUGGCCAUUUUUUCUUGCCGUCUAACGGCAUGAUUCCUUUAACUCCCAUAAGUGACCAACACAGAAUUUCUGCUCGCAAUAUCAAACUACAUCAAACAGAAAGGUGAUGAGAAUAAAGAAAAAUACCAAUCAGGGGAUUAUAAGUUGAUCCAAUUCCAUACAACAUUCUGCAAAAUAAAACUAUAAGAAUCGUAUGGCAGACACCAAGAAGAAUUGAUAUUGAGAUCUUAGCACUGGAAGGGUUAAGGGUCGUUCACGCGGCUAGCACUGUACUGAAGAAUCUAUUGAACUAUUGGCAAAGAUGAAGCUUUCUACAUGUGGUACAUUGUCAUAAUGUUUAACAUGAUAGCGGUGUAACCAAGGGAACUACUAAAGACACACUUAACAAUAAGAGCUGAUCGAAGCUCUCUCAAGUCAGAAAGAGAGGAUAAUUGCAGCAGAGAGUUUGCACAAAACGACCCGUUUAUCGUGAUUACUAUAGACAAGAACUUUGCUACAAUUAUCAGAAAAGUUAAUAUCGUAUUUUGCCAUUUCCAUAUGGAUUUUCAUCAAAGCAAAGCUAGUAUUCAUGAUAACUCUCCUUUUCAUUGGUUCAUAGAGUUUGCUCUAAAGAUUUAAGAUAUUUGGUUCUCUCUUGUUACCACUCGUGAGUAAAUUUUCGGGAUGAAUUAAGAUACUCAUCAAAGUUUUGAGCUUUUUUUUAUGGUGUAGACUUAAACACUUUUAACCCCCUGAGAAAAGGUAACAAGAUAUUUUUCAGGCAAUAAACAGAAUAACUUAUUUUUGGUAAAUCAAGGAAUUAAUCCAAACUGAACACCAGCAAUUUUGAAAUUAAGCACCUUUGCUUUAAUCACCUCGCGCGUAGUCAUAAUAGCGAGAUACGACACCAUCCUCGAUCCAUUAGAGCGAGAGAAUCUCUAUCAUAAUAAUCUCCUGAGCAUUGGAAUUCGUAAUCCUCGUCUUUAUUAACAAUGUUAUCCUUAUCUUUGAUUACAAACUGUUCACAAAUAGUAUAAGCCUUACCAGCAGGAUUCCACCGCUAAAACUGCUAUUAAAUUCCAACGAUGAUUCUACUGAUUAACGUACGAUUAAAAACAUUUCUCUCAAAGACAUUUUAUCAACUUAUUAUCCAUUGCCUGAUUAGCAUGUCUAUUAACUGACGAAGGGCUAACGCUCGAAACGUCAGCUUUGAAACUCUCUACGGUAGCCAAUUUACCUUAUCAACUCAGUUGAUGAUACUGUAUUACCCUGCUAUACUCUCCCGCUGACGCAGUACCACAUUUUCUUCAGAAACUUACCCCCUUUAUCGAUUGAAGACAUUUAUCUUCAAAAUAUUUCUCUCAAUCUAACUAAACAAUACAGAUUUAUUUAGACUUCCUUAACUUCAUUUCGUUUCUUUCAUAAAUGGCGCGAAAUGGUAGCUGAACCGUUUGCCCACAUAACAGUGAAAAUAUAUGCGUAUUCAGGCAACACUCUCUGAAAUUUUGACCAUGCUGUUCCAAGGACUCCUUUUAUAAAACUUGGUAACUGAGAAAUAGCAACCAUUUUGGUUGAAAGAAUCUGUUUGUUUCGUCUGCAUUCCGGAGUGCCUGCAUGAUUAAGGAACGGAAUUAGGAUUAUAAAAAAGCCAUUAAGCUCUCAUGAAGUGUCAAAUAUCAGAGGAUAUAAAACAGUUAUAUAGCUACUGUUUAUAAUCAUAAGUCCAAUAUAAUAAAUUACUAGAUUCCAUUUGAUUUGCUUUGCAAUACUCAUUGUUAAACAUCUAUCUCACGAAGGAAAAUCUAUCAUAUCAAUAAAGAAAGAUGGGUCCGGAAGAGACUUCAUCAAACACUCUUUUAAAUCUUGUUUAGGCAGAAAAAAUUGAAACUAAGAUAUUUCUAGAAGACCAGCUGAAUUCUGAACACCAGCUGUCACGAUAAUGUAGUCGUCAAUCAUGUCACAUUUCAGUGAAUAAGACUGACCAAAGACGAGCCAAAACUAGAAAUUUCCUGUUACGAACCCGUUGUAGAUUCUCCCCUUAUUUUAAGGGGUAACAGAAUUUUUAACCCCUGGAACGGCCUGAGCCAAUAGGAUUUGUCUAUUUUUUGUUUUCUGUGGGCUUAUUUAGCAGACAAAUUCGAACGGACUUUUAUUAGUUCUUGAACAGAGCACGAAGGAGGCGGGCGGUUAGGGUAAAUAAGUAAGUCAAGUAAGUGAGCUCAGCAGUAUGUAAGGUCCUAGUACUUUUGGGAAAAACUUUCCCACUGUACUUUUUCCAUAGAGUUUCUUAAUGUUCUUUCCUAUCUUUAACAUAAAAUCGGUUUUAUCUUUUUGCAGCCUUUAUGAAUAACACUGCAAACAACACCCGACGAAUCAAAAUGAGGGACAAUCGACAAGGUAUAGGUAUGUAAUACUGUUCGAUAUGCAAGUCACAGUUUUGAGCAACUUACUUGAUUAUAUCCUAUGCUUCUUUUUUCCAAAUAUGGAAUUUUUCGUUUUGAAGCUAUAUAAAAUUAAGAGGCUAACGUUUGCACCUCCUUUUAACCGAUGGGGUUUGUACUAUACAGUAUACAGUAUUUAUAGAGCGCUAAUUCCCAAUAGUCCAUUAGCGCUUAUUGUAUGCGACUCCUAUUAUAGCAAACACCGACAACUCUCAAAACCCAGUCAGUGUGCUCGAUCACAGGGAACAAUAGUCGAACUCCAAAGGUUUUGAAAUCUUUCAGUCGUGGUGUGAUAAAUGAAGUAAAGUCAGUUAUCUGAAACAGUCGAUCAUUCACGCUCGUGGUAGCAUAUAACUUUCUUUUGCAACGAGCCCUGAACGAUUUCACUUAAAAAACUCGAUCGCCUUGUUCAAUAGUUGACUGAAUUGAAUCUCUUGGAUUAUGCAGAUGCAGUUUUGAAUUCGUUUCUACCUCGGGAAUGCCAAAAUUGACAACUAUCGUUCUUUUUUAAAAAUUGCUAGCGGGUUAAAAUAGCGCAGGGGAGCUCUUGCAAGCUUCUUGUUUGUAGGUUUUUCAAUUUCUUGUCCAACUAUUGUUUGGACAAUCAUAUGUUGGAAUGAAAUGACUGAUAAAAUAAUUUAAAAAUAGCAAAUACUUUAUGGGAUCAAAAGAUAGCACUCGUCUUUUAAAAGAACGCAAAAGAAGGAAUCUCGUGAUAUCAUAAGUUGGAUAACUCAUAAUAAUAAUAAUCCCCUGUAAGAAACGGGUUUUUCAGAUUUAAAGUCUGGUUUUUUACUUCAUGCUUUGUCGCAAAAUCCGAGAUCUGGAUAUCAAAAACUAAAUCCAGAUUUCCCAAUCAAAAGGACCCCAUAAUUUCUUUCCGUUUGUUGUCAGAAAUUCAUUCGGAAAUGUGACUGUAUAACAUAUCGUAGAUGAAGUGACCUCAUAACGCUCGAUGACUUCUUCUCUGCAGGUUCUGCUCUACUGUUUCUGGCAUUUUUUUUGACUUUUCAAAUUCUACCAUCAAUGCGUGCAUUGCCAAUAGAUUGCCAAAAGAACACUGCAGUUUGCCUGGAAGAAAUAAUGAAGGAACUCACCCAAGUUCGAUUUGAGGUUAACAUCCUCUUAAAGAACAGAACAUCGUUGAGAUGUAAGUAAGAUAUCCUUCGUUUACUUGUAUUUAUCAUUCCAUCUCUUCUAAAUCGUUACUUAUAUUACGGGAGACUAACUCUGCAGAAUGAUGAAUCCAAUUUAUGUUUCAAAGGAGUAACUUUGCAAUUCUAAAAUAUACAGUUUUCUCUUCGUAGUUCUUAUCCUUUGCAAUACUCUUUUAAAAAGAAAUGUAGCUAAAUAUGGAAAGGAAAAAAGGAAAAGGAUAACAAUUUGAAAUGCUUGCAGUAACUUCCUCAGAAAGAAGCAACAAACGGUCUAUUAGAAUAAGAAACAGUAUAUUGUUCGGUUUGGAGCCGAUUCGGGAGGGAGGAAUCGAGGAAUGAAGGUGUUCGUUCCAGAAUGUGUACGACAGUAUUGUCUCUGUGUGUUUGACAAACGUGAAUAAUAUAUAUAUAUAUAUUUUUUUUUAGUUAUUUAUUUUUUAUUUAUUUUUUAUUAUUUUUUUUAUGUCCGUUCUAUUUUUGUCGUUUAUCGUCGUUUUUAUCCUCAUUAAUUUGCUUUAUACGUAAUCAAAAUUAACGAGAGUUGGAGGCUAAAGUUAAUAAGUGCGUGUCAACUAUUUUACGAUCAUAUUGUAGAUGAAAAAUCGCCUAAUUUUUCUCGUCUUUUGUGUCUGAGAUCCAUGAUUAUGACACUAUAAGUAUAUAGUUGCAGCACCCGAACACUUGCACCUUCAGAAUAAAUAUAAGGAGAUUCUGUGCAAAAGUUAUCGAAUGCUACUAUUGAAAUGAUAUUCCUAUAUCAGUGCGGGAGAAGCCCACUAGAAAACAUUUUUUAAAGAGCAGUUUUUAUGUAUUAAUUUUCCUAGUAUUUAUUAACGUCUUCCUUUCACUAUGUACUAUUGAUAUAUUUGUUGUUAAAAGUGUGAUUCCUAUUCCCUCUCAUAUAUCAAUCGCUUUUGUUCUCUUGUAUUGUAUGAAAAAAAAAAUGUUAUUUGGCGUAAAGGUCAUCUAAUUAGCUUGCUUUAUUAUACCUAUCUCCAAUUUUCUCUAUUUUGUUGUAAUUAAUCAAAGGUUGUGAAUGUUGAAGUGAAGGGAAAAAUGAUAAAAAAAUAAUACAGAUUAUAAUGAGUCGAUCAAGUAGCACUUCUUUCGCUUAUAAUCAGUGUUCGUCUACAAAGUACGUUAAUAAACUUUCAUGUUCAUACCAUUUAAUUUUACACGACAAAUAAGAUAAAAGAUCUACGAAAAAUGUAGGUUCCGUCUUUUUCUUUCCAAGAUAUAAAUUUUUAGACAUUUUUCGUCAGCUGCAAAUCUAUAUCCACCCUCAUUUUAGACAUUCUCGCGCCAUCGGACGCCUUUAUUUUAUCUUCAAUAGCUAAGAACUGCGCUGAGCUGUACAAAUCUGGUCAAAGGGUCAGCGGUGUUUACACAAUCGACCCGGAUGGUUCAGGCGCCUUUAAUGUAUACUGUGACCAAACUACAACCGGCGGGGGAUGGACGGUGAUCCAGAAGAGAAUGGAUGGCUCUGUCGAUUUUAACCGCAGCUGGGAUGAUUACAAGCAUGGCUUCGGUAACUUGAUCGGUGAAUUUUGGCUCGGACUGGACAAGAUAAACCGCCUGACACGAAACAAGACAAAGAACAAGCUUCGAGUAGAUCUUGGAGUAAAAACUGGCAAGGCUGUUUACUCUGAGUAUGGCUGGUUUGGGAUUGGGACCGAGACAGCUAAGUACUGGCUAGACCUUGGCAAAAUUAUAGGUAAGUAGACCGUUUUUUUAGCAUUCAUCGCUCGAUCUUUAUACGUUACUUCUCUCUCAUCAAAAUCUCGAUCUAAAACUCCACGUAGUCGAAAAAUGGUAUUAUUAAGUAGCAGGGUAGCCCUGAGGUACACCCGCAUGUUCUGAUUGGUUCUUACUCGGUCGAGAGUUUGGUCCGAGUGCUUCUUACUAACUCCUUAUUUUAUUUAUUUGUUUAUUUUUUAUUUAUUUACAUUUUUUUUUUAAUUGCAAAGACACUAUAAGAACCCUUGAAUUAUGCGGAUUUCUUUUGUUCUGUUUUGAAACAGAUGCCACUGUUUCCAAUGAUUCACUCGGUCCUCAUAAAGGUUUCGUUUUUGGUACCUGGGAUAAGGUUCCUGCUGGUUGUGCUCAACAAAUAGGAGGAGGCUGGUGGUAUGACAGCAGUAUUACCCAAUGUGCUGUUUCGUCAAAUCUUAAUGGUAUUUAUCCACGUUGUGGAAAAGAAACCUUGGCCGCUAUCCACUGGGGAUACUUAGGAAGAAGUGCCAAGAGAAGCGCUCCAACAUCAACUGAAAUGAAAAUAAGACCAGUGGAAUUUAUGCGCGUGGCUUGA